GUACAGCACCGAUCCUCCCGAUCCCCGCAGACGCUCGCCGGCUCCGCUCGCCGGCCUUGGCACCGAGGCUCUCGCUGGGCUUGGCAGCUCCUCGGCCCCGCCGGCCCCCGAACCUGACCCCGGUUCCGCGAGCGCGGCCGCAGCCAGAGGUGCCAGCAUGCCAGGGCUCUGGGACCGCUUUUCCUCCUCGUCCUCGCGGCCCUCCUCUCCGGAGCAGCCGCAGCAGCCCCCGGCCUGGGCGACGGCGGCCCGAGGGGAAGGGCUGGGCCGCUGCGCGAGCCUGGAAAGCUCCGACUGCGAGUCCCUGGACAGCCGCCACAGCAGCUUCGGCCCGGAGGAAGAGACGGAGUACCCGGACGAAGCGUCGCUCCCCGACUUGGAGCUGCUCAGCGACCCCGAGGACGAGCACCUCUGCAGCAGCCUGAUGCAGCUGCUGCAGGAGACGCUGAGCCAGGCCCGGCUGGGCAGCAAGCGCCCGGCGCGCCUGCUCAUGCCCGCUCAGCUGGUGGCGCAGGUGGGCAAGGAGCUCCUGCGCCUGGCCUACAGCGAGCCCUGCGGCCUGCGGGGGGCCCUGCUGGACGUGUGCGUGGAGCAGGGCAAGGGCUGCCACAGCGUGGAGCAGCUGGCCGUGGACCCCAGCCUGGUGCCCACCUUCCAGCUGACGCUGGUGCUGAGGCUGGACUCCCGCCUCUGGCCCAAGAUCCAGGGGCUCUUCAGCGCGGGGCCGUCCUCCUUCGCGCCCGGCUUCAGCCAGUCCCUCUCGCUGAGCACCGGCUUCCGCGUCAUCAAGAAGAAGCUGUACAGCUCGGAGCAGCUGCUCAUCGAGGAGUGCUGAGGCCCGGCCGCGGCGAGCGGGCGCAGUGACUGGGGGGCCGCGGCCCCCACCCUGAGACAUGUAGCAUGAAUCUCCCUAUCUUGUUGUUGCCGUUGUUGUUACUGGGAGCGCGGCCCGCGGCGGGGAGACGUGGCGGAGCCGGGGCCGAGCAGCUGGCUGCCGGGCCGGGCCCUUGGCAGAGGGGCGGUCGUGUGCGCUUGUGGGGGGCGGGGGUCCUGGGGGAUGGUUCGGUCGUGUUUGUCCCGGGCGGCCCACAGCCGGCUCCGAGGGGCCGCUUCCCGGCCCGCCUCACUACUACUGACCUGAUCUUAGGCAGCUAUCCUAGAGACUCGCGAAUGCUGGGACACAGGAAGGGUUGGGGUGCGAUUCUAACACUUGGAAGGGGGGGGGAUGACUGCUGGGAGAUGCUGGGGCCAAGCAAGGCGGAGGGGGCUGGAACCCCUCCCCAGAGUAGUGCCAUAUGGGGCUUCCAUCUAGAACCGUUUACGUGAAUACACUUGAUGUUCAAGUAUUAAGACCUAUGCAAUAUUUUUUACUUUUCUAAUAAAAAAGUUUGUUACGGA